CCCCGGAGCCGGGCGAGCCUCUGGCGAGCUCCUGCCCGUCAGGGCACCUGCUGGCGCGCUCCGGAGAGGGAGCUAGCGAGCCUGUAGCCGGGCCGGACCCAUUUCCUCCCUGCGGUGGGAGCUGCUCGCGAACCACCCCGGCUGACACGUUCAGGUGCAGAACCGCUCUGGAUUCCCAGCGAGCCUCAUGGUGACCCCUCCAGCCAGCGCAUCUCGCCAGGCCUCCAGGGGGAGCACUGGUGCAGCCACUGUCUGGUAGAUAGGCAUGAGGAAAGAGGCUCGCUGGGAAGGGCUCAAUACAUGCGCUCAGCACCUGAGAAGAAUCCCCGAGGAACCAGCCCCAGGAGGGCAAGGGGAGCAAAGUCUGGCACACGCUGGUCUCAAAACUGGUCAACAGUGAGGCACUCUGCUGACAGCGACAGUGGUAGGGAGAUGCCUGGGCGUUGGAAGCUCUUUGCAGCAUGGUAAGGAGACGUAACCUUCUGACCACACUCCUGAUCGUUUUGCCAUGGGCUCUUCUUCUAACCUUGUGGCAUCAGUACCCAGCCACCCGCUACCUCAUCCUGCUGAGAAAAGAGACAGAAGAAAAUGCAACAGCUAAAGCUCGCUUCAAUGGUACAUCCCUGUUGCGGGAAGAAGGGCUCCCGUCCUGCAGUUGGCAGCAAGCCUCGGGGGUGGCUCCAAAAGUCAUCCAGAACUAUGUGUAUUCUCGGCCUCCUCCCUGGUCGGACACUCUCCCAACCAUCUUUGUAAUCACGCCCACCUACACCCGAGCGGUGCAGAAGGCUGAGCUGACCCGACUAGCCAACACCUUCCUACAUGUGCAGAACCUGCACUGGCUGGUGGUGGAGGACUCACCCCGGAGGACCAACCUGGUGUCCAACCUGCUGGAGAAGGCGGGGCUCAAUUUCACCCACCUGAAUGUGGAGAGCCCGCAGAGUCUGAAGAUGAGUGGACCCUCGAUCCCAUCCCACAAGCCACGGGGGACACUGCAGAGGAACCUGGGGCUGCACUGGCUAAGAGACAGCUUCAACAACACACAGCCACCAGAAGGGGUUGUGUACUUUGCUGAUGAUGAUAACACCUACAGCCUGGAGCUCUUCGAGGAGAUGCGCUAUACGAGGAGGGUAUCCGUAUGGCCAGUGGCCUUCGCCGGGGGUCUGAGGUACGAGUCUCCCAUAGUGAGCCCAGCGGGGAAAGUGGUGGGCUGGAAGGUGGUUUUUGACCGUAACCGGCCCUUUGCUAUUGACAUGGCUGGAUUUGCAGUCAGCGUCAGACUGAUCUUGGAGAGGCCUCAAGCCACUUUCAAGCUGGAGGGAGUUAAAGCAGGCUACCAAGAAAGCAGCUUGCUGAAGGAUUUGGUGACUAUGGAUGGACUGGAGCCCAAAGCAGCCAACUGCACAAAGGUUUUGGUCUGGCACACCAGGACCGAGAGGCCAAUGCUAGGUAAUGAAGGCAAACAUGGAUUUUCGGACCUAAGGAUGGAGGUGUAAAUGGAGAGAGAGCCCCAGGCUAGGUACAGGGGAGAGUUUACUCCCAAGAUGUGUCAACAGCAGCCUCCCACCUCACCAGCUCUGCUCAGCACUUUGUUGAAGCCUUGGAGGAAUGCCCGGGUUGUUGCCAUGUCUACCAACACCCCCACUACUCCAAAGUCAGUAAAAACCAGGGUCAGGGCUCAUGCAGUGCCGCAUGACCAUAUAGAAUUUCACCUUUGACUUUAUGCACUUGCCACCAAUCUCUGGCUGUGAGAGCUCUCCUGGGUCCUGUGUUUUCAACCACUUGUUGGAAGGCGACUUCAUCAGAAACAAUCUAAAAUCCCUGCUGUGCCAUCUCUGGGCUGAAGCAACAGCAUCCGGGCUGUCCAGUGGACAGAACACUCAGUGUGCAGCCUGCGUCCCCCAGUGAGGACAUGACAUUUGAGCGUCCACAAGACUGUGAGGGUUUGGAGGAGGGAGAUCUCGUGAAAGCACAAGGGAAAAUCCACCAGCAUAAGACAGGGUUGUUUUCAAAACUGUGUGAAAGUAAAUCCAACCUGAGGGGGUGUCCCUCUGAAGACGCAAUGCUUGGCAGGGCUGCCUCUGUCUGAGACACUCUUGUCCAUUACACACACUGGGGCAGGGGUCUAAGUGAGAGCACUUAAUUCUACAUUUCAGAGCUCAAGGAGGCACUUAGGCAUCGCCUCUAAGGAAUUGGGUGCCUAGGUGCUGAUUGAGAACCUCAACAGAGAACUGGGCUCUAUGUUUGGAAACUGGGGCCACACGGUGUCAAAUCUUCAUUUGCUGAGUUCUUUGGAUAAACACCUUCUCCCAUGCCAGGGGGAGGUAGGACCACACAGCUCCUGUGCCUCAUAGGCUGUCUUGCUGUGUGUUCUCUCUGACACUGGAAAGCAGGGGACAGUGUCUGGAUGGACUUUAAAGCCUGGCCCUCAGCACUGGAAUCCUUGUUGCACUAGCAUGAAGCAUUUGAUUGAUAAAAAGUCUUGGAUUGUAUAUAUGGAAUUCUUCCCUAAACUCCAGUCUAGAACCAGAUCUCUAAGGAGUGGAGGGGAAUGGACAGUGAAGAACCAUAAGUCUCUGAUCACCCUCUGUGAGGAAGGUCAGCGGGACAGAGAACACAACCAUCAAGAAACAAACCUUGAGGAACUAGAAGUGAGGAGACAGUAAAUGACAACUAAACAGCAGUGAAAGUGACGAGGACUGAACUUGGAGAAGAAUGUUUGGCGGCGUGAGCAGAGAAGGGACUGUGUCCAGUCCGGAGCAAGCCUCAUUCCCCUGGUGGGGUAGGACACAGACAGCCUGGAUAGAAUUCAAAGAAAGAGAAAGCAAUAGGAACUGAGGCUGAACAGGAUUUAAAGCAUAAGUAUUUGUACAAUGCGUGUGUGUGGGAGAGGGGUUGUUACUCAGAUUUCUACAGGAAGAGUCCUUGAACAAUCCUAAAAAUGCCCUUUCAUCACACCUUGAAAACAAUUUUCCCUCACGCCAUAAAAAACCAAAGCCCCAGGCUUUCAAAAUGCAUUGAAGCUUUUCAUGGCUGGGGGAAUUGGAACAGGACAUGUUAUGAGUAACUGAGCCACCGCCAAAAAAAUUGGGUAGGCAGGCGAUUUAUAUAUUUGUUGGCUUAUUUAAAUUAUGGUCCUUUUCUGCCUAUUUCCUGGUUUUUAACCUGAAUCAUCUAACAUGUUUAUGAAGGAGAUUUUUUCCUCCCCCGUUAUCCCACACUCUUAGAUCUCACUGAGGAAUGGCAGAUCUUGCAUUCACUGCUGAAAUGUCAUGUUUCUUGUUCCCUGUUGUUGUUUUUUUAACUGAGGUCUUUAAUCAGCAAAAUAAUAAGAAGCACAGUAAUGAGGUGAGUAAAUUAUAAGGGAAAGAAAGAUGCUUUAUGUGAGAGGGACAGGUGGCAUUAAGAAUGUGUCGUUUUCCCACUCUUCCAGCAGUUGCAGCCUGGGCCAAAUGUGUGCAAGUGAUUGCCCCAGUCAGAACAUGCCCACCAUAGAAUUCUGGGAAGCUCCUGAGAAAAGGACCACUAAAAACAUUUGAGGAGUAGAGAUGGGCCUUGUCCCACUCUCAUGGAAGUCAGUAGCAAAACUUCCACUGCCCACUUCGAUGGGAGCAAGUGUAAAAAGGGAAAGCGGAAGAGAGAUGAAACAUAUCUGAACAGAAGACACGAGAGAUAAUGCAAUGUGUGGCAAAUAGAGAAACAGAGAGAGGCCUCAGUUUGAGUUUGGAGGGUCUCAGGCCAGUGCCCAAAUGGGUCGGUGUCCACAUCACUAACUGGCCACCAUUUUGGCUAUCUCAGUUUGGAGGCGAAGAAGUGAAUAGGCCCUGGAGACUGAACU